GAGAGAUCUCUCCCCUGAGUUUGUGCCCUUGCAGCCAUCCAUGAGACCUCAACUUUGAAGAGGAAAGAUGGAUCAGAGAAAAGAACUUCAUAUGAGAGUUCUCAUCUUUGCCUUAACAUGAAAAGGACAAGCACUCAGAAAAAGUUGAGUGCUGCUGCUCCGCUGUUGCCUCUUUGGCAUGCAGCAGGAGAGGGAGAGGAGAUGGAAAAAGGAGGAUGGAUAAUAACUUCCUCGUCUCAAGAUCAACAUUAUUCUUCAAUACCAUCAAGGUAAUUCAGAAAUCAAAUUAAAGAUGCGAUUACAGCACAACAGGCCGCCAACCAGAUGGAUUGCACUACCCAUCAGUUAAUGAGAGAAAGGGAAAGAGAAAGAGGAAGAGAGGGGUAGCAGCUGGCUAGCGUUCCCAGAUAGCACUGUAGUCUGUUGCAACGUGGAGAUUCACUGUGGACUCGGGUAUCCCACUCUGGAAAUGCAAUAAAAGAGCACGGCUUCAUCUCCCCCACUUGUCUAUUUUUCUUUUUCCAUUUUUUGCUCAGUGAAUCUAAUUCUUGUGCUGCCAUCCUGCUGGACCCUCUAAUGCUGCUUUAAGGCCUUGCCCGUUCUGGCCCUUGUCCAAGUGCACCGCCAUUCGCCCACUACUUUUUCUUUCUUAUAUUGCAAUCCGACCUCUUCUCCUCCUCCUGUGUUCAGAACCACCGUUUUCGGCUUCUGCAGAAGAGAAAUGGCCGAUCUUCUUCUUCUUGAAAACUCAACCACUGUCAUGUUUCUUCUGAGCAGUGGAAUCUGUUUUCUGUUGUGGGUGGUGUUUAAGAAGGUGUUUUUCCAGCCCAAAGGCCACCCACCUGCGGUUCCUGGAUUUCCUGUGAUCGGGAAUUUGCACCAGUUGAAGGCCAAGAAACCUCAUCUUACGUUUGCACGUUGGGCCGAAACAUAUGGUCCUGUUUACACCAUCAGGACUGGAGCUUUGUCCCUCGUGGUUCUCAACUCUACUGAAGUGGCUAAAGAGGCCAUGGUGACUAAAUUCUCAUCGAUCUCAACAAGGAAGCUUCCGAGUGCGUUAAAGAUAUUGACAGGUGGAAAGACGAUGGUGGCCAUGAGCGACUAUGGAGAAGAGCAUAAGUUGUUCAAGAAAUGUUUGCUCACAAGCAUCCUGGGAGCCAACGCUCAGAAACGUCUCCGGCCUAACAGAGACUCAAUGAUAGAGAACAUGAUAAAGAGUCUCCACGGUGAGGUUAGAGCUAAUCCGGGUGGUGCAGUAAAUCUCAGGGCAAUCUUCAAGAACGAGCUUUUUAGUCUAGCUCUGAAGCAGGCCCUGGGCGAAGACAUAGAUUCUAUAUAUGUUGAAGAGCUGGGGCUUGAACUAUCAAGAUGGGAAAUAUUUCGUGCUCUGGUAGAUGAUCCAAUGAUGGGUGCCAUAGAAGUGGACUGGAGGGACUUCUUUCCAUAUCUCAGCUGGGUUCCCAACAGAAGAGCAGAGUCAAAAAUCAGGGAGAUGGACAGGCGCCGAACUGCAGUUAUGAAGGCAUUGAUAGAAAGACAGAAGAAAAGAAUGGCUGCUGGAGAGGGAACAGAUAGUUAUCUCAGUGCCCUGCUAAACGAAGAUGAAACGCUUACAGAGAAACAAGUGAGAAUGCUUGUUUGGGAGUCGAUAAUUGAGACGUCAGACACUACCAUGGUAACAACAGAAUGGGCCAUGUUCGAACUUGCAAAGAACCCACAGUAUCAGGAUUACCUCUACCAAGAAAUUGAGAAAGUCUGCGGCGGUGAGACCAUCAAGGAAGAGAACUUGCAACAACUUCCAUACCUUAAUGCUGUCUUCCAUGAGACCUUGAGAAGGCAUACCCCUGUACCAGUUGUGCCUCUUAGGUACAUCCAUGAAGAUACGCAAAUCGGGGGUUACAAUAUCCCUGCUGGCACUCAGGUUGCAAUUAACAUCUAUGCCUGCAAUACUGAUAAAAAUGAAUGGGAAGAACCAGAAGAGUGGAAGCCUGAGAGGUUUCUGGAUGAAAAAUAUGAGGCCACGGAUCUAUACAAAACAAUGGCAUUUGGGGCAGGGAGGAGGAUGUGCGCCGGAUCUCUACAGGCCAUGCUGAUUGCUUGCAAAUCCAUCGGAAGAUUUGUACAAGAAUUUCAAUGGAAGCUUUGUGAAGGGGAGGAAGAAAAUGUUGACACUGUGGUGCUUACAACUCACAAACUCCAUCCCAUGAAGGCCAUCAUAACACCAAGGGUCUAAGCAGACCCUCGCCCUAAACAGUUAGCUCAUACAAUAAGUAUAACCUGCCACCUGAUAGUUACUGUAUUAUUUUGCUUUUACAUUAAUCUAUCAAAUUCUUGGGGGUUUCGUUCGGAUUA